AUGGGAUACGCGAAUCUCACCCACACCGAGAUCCUCGGGCGCAUGCGCUUCCUGGAAGAAAGGGUUGCCACGACCUUCAAGGAGAUCCAGGAAGAUCUCAAGGAGCUCCUCUUCGACUACAGCCGGCUUGUGAAUGAGGAAACACCCGAAGGCAGCGUGAGCAGCAGCCUCGAGUCGUUACCGCCGAACCCACAAGCGAUCAUCAAGAACAAGCAGCUCACAGAAUCCCCUGCCAAAUCAGUGGGAAAUCUAAGUAUCCCAGGCCAUGUACCCAAAGGGUUGAUGGUCGAAAGCGAAGGACGGUCCGUACGGCCGCGAUUCGUUAUUCCAGAAGGCUCCGAAAGCUCUAUUCGGCAGGCGAGUCCUGAGGAACACCCCAUUCUCAAGGCAAUCCACACGCCGCACCCAAUUGACUUGGAGAGAGGCGUUAUGCCGAUACCUGCGUUUCGCAUCGACGGCCUCAAGAGCUCUGGGGCAAACGGAAUGGGUAGCCAGCACAGCGUGGCGUCCACCGCCAGCCGCAAAAAUCGUGCCGAUGAGCUCAGCAGCAUGUCGAGCAGCUCGCUUGCCUAUGAGCCGCCGGUGAUGUCGAACAUGGGGUUUUCACGGCGCGGAACCGGCAUGCGAGCCUCGAUCGUCCACAGCCUGUUUUUAGCCCCGGUUAUCAAUGACGUAACAACUCUGACGGCUGGGAAUGGAAACUAUAAUGCGCAGCCGCAAGCCAGCUCCGGGGUGUCGAUUGCAAGUGCCGCUCAGUCGGUCAGCAACAUUUACGAGGAGAUCAAUCGAAACGCCGAGUCGCAGCGAGUGCUGGAGCGAGAUGCUCAUCACUCACGAUCCGUGCGAAGCAGCAGACAUGGAACAAUCGACCGGAAAUCGAUCACAAGCGCCAAAGCGGAGAAAUCAAAAGGGCUGCAGACUCCUCGAAUCUCGUCAUCCCAAGUGGACUCAAGACUUUCAAAGGUCAGCUCGAUCGACGGCGGAUUCAAGGCCUGGGCGAACAGGCUCAAAGACCGACUCGAUCACAUCUUUGUCAAGGACCAAGACGACCGAGAGUUUGUUGGAAUCGGAGACGACACCCAUGCCGAUGCUGGAAUCGUUCUGCAUCCACUCUCGGUCUUCAAGCGGAUGUGGAAUGCCAUGGAAAGCACGGUCCUGACGCUGCUGAUGAUUUUACUGCCGUUGUGCCUGGGAUACCAAGAGAUGGCGGCAUAUCUUCGACCCUUCAUGGCCUUCACAACAGUGUUUUUCCUCAUCGGAAUCUUCAUCCACAUUCGAACGGGAUACCUCAGCGGCGGGCGCGUCAUCGUCAGCCGGACCAAGAUCCUGCGAAAGUACAUUCGGACAUGGCUCGCCUUUGACUUUGUCACCAUCUUCCCAUAUGUCUUUGUCGUCGACGGAUUAUACCCCACAUCCGACCCCUCCGCACCUGGGCAGCCGACUAGCCCGAACUUGAUGCUGGCGCGCCUUGUGUGCCUCUUGAAUGCCGCUCAGUGCUUCAAGUUUAUACUGACUCCUGACGACCACAAAACCACGUUCGCCUCGAUCGGAAAGUACCUGCGCGUCAACUACAACAUCAAUUCCAACUUUUUUGAAUCGCUGCGGGUCAUAAUUGCCAUGGCGAUCUACUGGCACUGGUCAAGUUGCAUCCGCAACUUUGUGAAUCUGCAAGAUUCGACCAUAUCUGGGACAUUCUUUGAGCGAUACACAUUCGGAUUCUACUGCAGCGUCGCCGAGAUGCUGUCGGCCGGAUUCGGAGCGCUUCCUCCAGGGACGCCAAGCGAGCGAUGGGUGACCAUCUUCAACAUGAUCUCGAGCUCGAUUCUGCUCGCUGUUCUCGUCGGAAACAUAAGCUCGGUCAUGAUUGGACUGGACAGCUCGGGUCGCAAGUUUCGGGAGAGAAUCGACGAAGUGAAUCAGUACGCGGCAUACAAGGGCCUCGAUCCAAGUGCAAAGCAGCGGGUGCUCGAGUACUACGAGUUCAAAUAUACCAACGGCAAGUUCUUUGACGAAAACACGAUUUUGUCGGAUCUGAAUGCCUCGAUUCGAAAGUCCAUCUGCCUCCACAACUCACGGCAGCUGAUUGUCAACUUUGCCUUUUUCCGGGAUGCCGACGAGACCUUCAUCAACUCGGUGGUGACCGCCUUGAGGAUCAACCACUUCCUGCCAGGAGACUACGUGAUCGAGGUCGGCACUAUUGGGGAAGAAAUGUACUUUAUCGCCGUGGGCUUUCUCGACGUCAUUACGGAGGGAAUAGUCCGGGCGCGACUAUCGCCUGGACAAAUGUUCGGAGAGAUUGCACUGCUCAAAGGCAUGAUGCGAAGGACUGCCUCGAUACGAGCUGUUACCCCAUGCGUCCUCUACAGCCUCAGCAAGUCCGACUUUGACGUCAUCCUACAGCACCACCCGACCCAGGCCGAAGUCAUCCGCAAGAUUGCCGAAGAGAGACUCGAGAACUCCAAAGCCGUCGCCGAAAUGGAGGAAAAGAAGCGGCGGGAUGCCGCAGAGCAACUGUCCGAGUCCGAACUUAGCAGCUCGCGGACGUCACAGAUCUAUGAAUCGGAGUGAAGCCGGGCCCAGAGAGGAGAUAUGGCUUUGGCGGGAUGGCUGACCGAGACCAGCGCCGUGUGUAGCUAAUUGCGGCGACCGACUCGACUGGUCUUUCGCUGGUCGGACUCUACCUUGGCUCUGGUAUUUCGGAGCCUCAGACGUGCCCUCGGCAAUAGAAGGAAUGUGGGCCAUUUUGAUGCUCUCGGGAACAGGAGCUGUAUGUACAACUGA